AUUUAAUCUGUCUAACGCCCUUCAGGUAUUUUAAAUGAUGUACGCCUUUGUACCUUUGAGAAAUAUUAGAAAUGUAUUUUACGUUGUACAUAAUACAUGUACAGCCAGUGUAAUUGGCAUUAUAACAAAGGAAAAAUGACUUUUGAUCCAAAAACCAUUAUAUCCAGUUUGGCAUUAUAACCAGGGUAUUAUAUAGGCAGGAAAUCCGUUCUGGCAAAAACAUGGCAUUACACUCAGGGUGUCAUUAUAACCAGGGUGCACUGUAUAAUCUGAAAAUGUACAGAUACAACACAUUCAGUUGUACAACACAACGGACUGUAAUGAGAAAUAUGUGAGGAUGCAGAGUGGAUGAAUGAAGUUAUGUUGUUGUAAGUAUAUCUACACAUUAAUUAGUAAGACUAUACUUACCCCUGGUACUAGAAAUCUAGUAUCUUAACUAGUUGCAAAAUAUUAUUGUCUUCAAAUUGUAUGUGGGACUUCUUUAGCUAAUCACAAAGUCGCCGCGAAUAGCUGCAACAUUGCUGAUGCUGUAGUCAAUCUUUAUUUACUCACUCACGAAUGAUAAAGGCCGUUUCGGUAUUAUUUGCCCACCGUUUUCGCUUGCAGCCGUUUUAGAUAUAAUCCAAGCUCCAUAUCAGCGCAUGCUACCGUCACGGUACAUCAGUAUCACACGCUGGUAACGGUACGUCGCUGCAUGAAGUUCCAUACCGUUAUGCCUGCGCAUACAAAGUAAGGAACCCAGAAAUGUUUUCAAUGAAAACUGCUUCAUAAAUAAUCGUUUGUGGGAACUGACAAAAAUAUCCCAUGCCAGAUUCUUUUUGUUUGGAAUUCCAAAUGAACUUGACCUGGAUGCAACAACUAUGUACAGUGACUUAUUAUUGUGAAAUGUAGGGGCUUGUGGAAGUAUACUUUACUGCUUCAUGCCUGCUUAAGUUUAAGUAUCAUAUAUAUAAAUGGCAUUAUUACACAUAAAUCUUGGAAUAUAGCAUAAGCAAUAAGAUAUUAUGUGUAGUGGAGGUACCAAUGAUGACCGAAUCUUACAAAUGUGGGGUUUGCAAGCGUACUUUCAGACGGAAGUAUAAUUUCACUCGGCAUUUGACUAUUCACACAAACUGCCAGAUGUUUUCCUGUGAGACAUGUGGAAAAGAAUUUAAGCACCAAGAUGGUCUAGAAGCACAUGGAAAAUUCCACACAGGGGAAGAUCUCUUCGAAUGUGGUGUGUGUAAUGCCAAGUUUAACUACAGAAAAAGCUUACAGCGUCAUAUGCUCAUUCACAAGGAUGAAAAGAGUUUUGAAUGUGAAUUCUGUAGUAAGUCUUUCCGUAAAAUGGGCAUCCUGAAAAGACACAGGACUAUUCACACAGGAGAAAAGAUGUAUUCUUGUAAAAUCUGUGAUAAAGGCUUCACUCAGAAAAAGAACUUGACAGUGCACUUGCGUUUACAUUUAGAGUUUUUACUGCACUCUUGUAAGUUGUGUGGAAAACGGUUCAAGCGGAAGACUGAUCUUAAAGCACACCAUCAAGUUCAUACUGGAGUCUCUAAUUUGUCAUGCAGUAUUUGCAACAAAACCUUCUCAAGGAAAUACACGCUGAAUCAACAUCAGUCUGCUCAUGCAGGCUCGAAAAUGUUUAGCUGUGAUUUGUGUGGAGAAUUGUUUACAUACCAGAGCACAUUGAUAAGACAUAAAAAAUCAAAAUGUUCAAAGACCUUUUCCUGUCAUAUUUGUAAGAAGAUAUUUACAAGGCAGAACCAUCUAUCAAAUCAUCUCAAAGGCCACACUGAACAUCUUUACAAAUAUUAUUCGACUCCAACUGAUGACUUCUCUGACGUUGACAUGCUUGAAAGCUACAUGUGUUCUCUGUGCAAGAAAGAUGUUAGUUACCUUGACCUUAGCAUGCAUUUCAGACUCCAUACAGGGGAGCUAGUGCAAUGUGAGGAGUGUAGGGAGGUCUUCUCUGACAACAAGAUAUUCGAGCUGCAUGUACAAACUCACAAUAUGCACAGGAUGGUUGACACCACAGUGUCUGUUAAGUCAGAGGCUUCAUCUGACACUCAGGGGUAGACUAACGAGCAAGUACCAAAAACAGCAAGUUUAUGCAAGGAUUUAUUGUUUUCUGAAUUCAAGUUACCUCAAAUAAUGCAAUAGAAAUGAGAAGUGAUAUCUAGCUGGAGUUCUAUCAUUUAUUCAUUGUAGAAUCCCCUGACAAUCGUUUCAAGUUGCAUGUCUACAAUUAUCUGUUCAAGUUUCUAACACCAGUAUUAAAGCAGAUUUGUAAGUAUUACAUGUAACUGAACUCUUGUCACUGUUUCUAAUGACUUUGGACAGGGGUUUACAGUACAGAAAGUGUUUGUUUUCUAAUGUCCUGCUCAGGAAUAUUUCAACUAUAUGAGUGAGUAUUGAUGUGCGCAAUAAGGGGAGAUAACUUGUAUUAACCAAGGUAGCAAGGCCGACCACCUGAUCCUGUUAAACACCUACACAUAAAGUAUGUGUUGCUGAAGACUAAUUCGAAUCUAACUCCUCGCAGUCACCACCAAGGUGCUCAUGAGGGACAGAGAGGGAGGCAUAAUGAUGUAAUUGUAACCUGAAUCAUCAUCGUUCUGGUGUCAGUACUUCUUAAGAACUAGCUACUUGUCUGUUUGUUGUUACUGAUUUUACCAUGGUUGAUUUUCGUUGGAAUUUUGCUAUCAACUUUUUAUCAUUGUUUGUGUUGUUCUUAUCAUUUGUUGAUAUACUAAUUUACAAAUAUUUCUGCAUGACAGCAUCAAUGCAUGUUAUAAUUUAUGAAAUUUAUACUUUUGAAUUAUUUGUUAGGAUGGUUGGGACAUGGAAACGAAAUACAAAAACACAUGUCAGACUUCAGUAUUUUUGUUAAUAAAGAUUGUGUGAGUAUAAAGCCGUGUAUGCAGUUUUCAAGAAAGUGGUCACAUCAGUCUUGUUUACAAUUCAUUUAUGGUAAAAUAGUGAAAAAUCUGAAGUUCACAGUUCUAACCUACAUAGGUAGUUUGUGUAGGCUCCUGGUGAGGUAUGGUGAUCGGGAAAAAAGUCAUAGGAAAAAGAUCAUUAAUUUUAAAAGUUAGGUUCAGAUGUGGUUCAGAGAAAUCUAUGUAGUGCUACUGAUGAUAAUAUUGUUAUGACGUGUUGAAUAAAUACAUUAUUUAUACUGAC